GGAAAACGGUCUUGGCGAGACCAGAGUCAUUCCCAUCACUCUCCGCCGGCCAGUCAGACCGCAGACACAUCACAGGGUAACUGAAUGUUGCACAACAAAGGAAGACCCUAAAAAAGGAAAAUCAUAAGGACUGAUAAAACACCCAGGACCGUCGCAGCAGGGGGACUGACUUCCCAUACCUCCUUCACUUGGUACCAAGAUACAAGUUGGAUGUACGCCGGAGAGAUGUGGAUUUUGGGGGACUGAAUGAUUACACUUCUCCGGAGUUUCAUUUUGGAUUCAGUUAUUUUUCAAGCCAACCUAAGACGUUGCUGUGGGUCCCGAGCUGUCCACAUCCACAGAGCGGAGCGCACGCUGGCUAAAAAAAUUUAGAAAACAAGACAAUUAACUGCGCCUCUGUUUUAAAGACGUCAACCCCAGAGAUUUUGCACUGCAAGAGAUCAUUUAGGUUGGUGGCCAUAAAAACUCUUGAAUGUUUAUGAAAGCCGAGGGGUCGUUCUGCUGCGUCCACACAAAUGGUCACGCAAACUAAAUAAAAAGGGGGGGGGAAAAUGACAUCGCAUCUGGAUUAUAGCGACAUGUCAGCAUAAAGAAAGAGCCGUGAUACUGAUGCGCUUUCCUACAUUGGAUGAAUAAAACAUUUAAGAUGCGUUUCUCUGAUAUCAAAAUCGACUGUUGAGACUUUUGAAUGGUGUUUUCAGCCUAAUCUUUUGGCUUACCGCUCAGGUGGAAACGUUGGCCGGAGGCUGUGCCAUGUAGUGACAGGGAGCUGCAUUCAAAGAAAUAAAAUAAAUAAAUAAAUAAAUAAAACGCAACACCUAGCAGCCGGGGUGGAUGAGCGUCGAUACAGGCACCAAUAUAAUCACACGGACACGCCUCGAGGAUCAUUAAACAAAUCAGAUAAACGCAGCGCGAAAACCAUCAAUAGAAGUUAUUGAUGAGGCGGUAUAUAAGGCUAAUGAUUGGCCAAGCCUCUGUUUACUCAACAGCUGGGCAACAAUAUAGUGUGAAACUUUCGCUGAGGGCUUUGACAGCAGAGGCACACAGUGAGGACUUUUAAUGUAAUUUUUAUUUUUUUGCUGCUGCUUUUCAUGACUACAUCUCUGAUUGGAAAGAUAAUUGCAAACAACAGCUGGAAUACUCCUCAUCCUCUUCACACUAGAAUGUCUGCUGCCUGUACUGCUGCUGCAGGAAUUUUUAGGGGGAACCUUUCCGAAGAGAUCUUUUUGCAAUAUUUAUAGCAGCUCUUGUGUAAGGAUGGUGGUUGUGACAAGGAGCCUAUGGAUGACCCAGUCCGUUGGAGAGCUGGUGCCGAGACAAUUGACCUCUCCACCAGCCACGCCAUCCGUCUAAAACUCCUCCCCAGAGAGGCACAGCUGCUUCAGGCUGGGGAUGUGAUGGGGUGACUGUUGACACCCCCCUCACCCACCCCCUCUCUCACUUUAUUAGCAGUGUAAUAUAAACAAUGGAUCAGAAUUUCUCAACGGUUCGAGAUGGCAAGCAGCUGCUACCCGAGAAGGACUCGUCCAAACGUGUGCUGACAGGAUGCUUCCUCUCUCUCCUCAUCUUCACUACGCUGCUAGGCAACACGCUUGUGUGCGCUGCCGUCACCAAGUUCCGACAUCUGAGGUCGAAGGUCACCAACUUCUUUGUUAUCUCGCUGGCCAUCUCUGACCUUCUGGUGGCUAUCUUGGUAAUGCCUUGGAAGGCAGCAACCGAGAUUGUGGGGUUUUGGCCGUUUGGUGCUUUCUGCAACGUGUGGGUGGCGUUUGACAUCAUGUGCUCAACUGCCUCCAUCUUGAACCUGUGCGUGAUUAGUGUCGACCGUUACUGGGCCAUCUCAAGCCCAUUCCGCUAUGAACGCAAAAUGACCCCUAAAGUGGCAUGUCUGAUGAUCAGUGUGGCAUGGACCCUGUCCGUCCUUAUCUCCUUCAUUCCUGUUCAGCUUAACUGGCACAAAGCUCAGACUACAAGCUACGCAGAGCUAAAUGGAACAUACCCAGCUGAUCUGCCCCCUGACAACUGCGACUCAAGCCUUAACAGGACCUAUGCCAUCUCCUCCUCCCUUAUCAGCUUCUACAUUCCCGUAGCUAUUAUGAUCGUCACCUACACCCGAAUCUACCGUAUUGCCCAGAAACAGAUACGGAGAAUAUCUGCCUUGGAGCGGGCAGCAGAGAGUGCCAAAAACCGUCAUAGCAGCAUGGGGAAUAGUGCGAACAUGGAGAGUGAGAGCUCAUUCAAAAUGUCGUUCAAGCGAGAAACCAAAGUCUUAAAGACGCUCUCAGUCAUCAUGGGAGUGUUUGUGUGCUGCUGGCUGCCCUUCUUCAUCCUUAACUGCAUGGUUCCGUUCUGUGAGCCAAACUUGCCGGACGGUGCUACGGACCUCCCCUGCAUCAGCUCCACCACCUUUGAUGUGUUUGUGUGGUUUGGCUGGGCAAACUCCUCGCUCAAUCCCAUCAUCUAUGCCUUCAACGCCGACUUCCGCAAGGCCUUCUCCAUCCUCCUGGGCUGCCACCGGCUCUGCCCAGGGAGCAACGCCAUCGAGAUAGUCAGUAUUAACAACAACAUGGGCGCCCCUACCUCAAACCCCAACUGUCAGUAUCAGCCCAAGAGUCACAUCCCAAAGGAGGGCAACCAUUCAGCCAGUUAUGUGAUCCCCCACAGUAUCCUGUGUCAGGAGGAGGAGUUACAGAAGAAGGAUGGAUGUGGAGGGGAGAUCGAGGUGGGGAUGGUAAACAACGCCCUGGAGAAACUCUCCCCAGCCAUCUCUGGGAAUUUAGACAGCGAUACUGAGGUCACACUGGAAAAGAUCAAUCCCAUAACACAGAACGGACAGCAUAAAGCCGUGUCAUGUUGAGGAAAGGCAAAGAUGGAUCUGAAUACACUGAGGCAAGUAUGUAUGCACAAAGGGAACAGCAAAAUAAACAAAAGAGACAGACAUUUGAGAACAUGCCUGACAGGGAAACAGUGAGUGCGAUAUACAGGACCUUAAGACUCUCAACAAAAAUCUACAUGGAAAAACCUACAGAAUGUUUUAAAGUAAAGGCACUUUAUCCUGGAUAUAACUAUCUGCAAAAUACUUUCAGCAUUUAUUGAUGAAAUUGACACAUUUGAUGAUAAAUGUUGAUAAUGUGAAUAAUAAAGCAGAACACUAGCUGUGUGCACAUGUAUACAUUUUUUUAUAUUUACAAAGAUGUAUACAUAUGCAUGUGUAUACUGUACAGUACUGACACAAUCCUGCAAGGACAUUAACACAGCAGUGGAGGAAGAUGUAGUAACUUUUAGCAAAAUGUCUCGUAGGUAGGUGCUUUGUAUGUGUUUCAUGGAAAAGAGAACAACGUGGGUAAAUUGGUUUUGGUACAGUACAAUUUAGUUUAUUGCAGUUAUUUCUCUUCAGUACAUCAUUAAUGACAAUUUGUUUUGCAAAAUCAACCUGUAUUGCAGUGGGAAUUAAUUUGAGUUAAAACUGCUUCAGACACCAAAGGAACAAUGAUUC